UUGAGAAGACCAGACGGAAACAGUUUAGUAAAACGAAACUCGUUAAUUCUUUAUUACAUUCAUUUUGCAGCAAAUCAUUCUAUUUGUGAAAAGUCCUUCGGCACUGACACUGAAUUGGUUCAUCAAAAGUUUAGAGCAGUGAAAAUUGUAAUUAUUACUUGCAAGAUGGGGUCUGAAAAAGCUGUUUUAAGUGUCGCGGAUUACAUUAUCUUCGCCCUCAUGCUCGUGGUGUCGUCGGGAAUCGGGGUGUAUUUCCAAUUCUCGGGUGGAAAACAGAAGACGAUGAACGAAUAUCUCUUGGCUGGAAAGAACAUGCCCAUCCUACCUGUUGCUUUCUCUAUCAUGGCUACCUAUCUUUCAGCCAUCACAGUCAUUGGAAUGCCGGCAGAAGUGUACAUAUUUGGAAUUUAUUUAUCAUAUGCAAGUGUCAUAUAUCCUUUAAGUGUAUUGAUUGCCUCUUAUGUUUUCUUACCUGUUUUUUUCAAGUUGGGUGCAUGUACGGCCUAUGAAUACUUAGAAAAACGAUUUGGGAAAUUGACUCGAAUCUUUACUUCCGUGGUUUUCGUGGUGCAAACGAUGCUUUACAUGUCUGUAGUUUUAUACGCCCCAGCUCUCGCAUUAAGUGCAGUCACGAAUUUGUCUACCUGGACAUCUGUUCUAUCAGUUGGGAUAGUUUGCACGUUUUAUUGUACUUUGGGAGGGAUGAAGGCUGUGCUGUGGACUGACUUGUUCCAAGCGUUGCUCAUGUUCAUUGGAAUUUUUGCAAUUCUUAUCAAAGGAUUUUUGGACAUUGGCUUCAGUGAAGUUUUCAGAAUUGGUUACGAAGGUGGCAGAAUUGCAAUGCCAAGCCUUGGUCUAAACUUAACUGAGAGAUACACUGUUUGGAAUAUUCUAUUUCAAAGCUGUUUUUUCACAAUGAUUAACUUUGGCUCAAACCAAAUCCAAAUUCAGAGACUGCUUACAUUGAAAAAUAUUUCUCGCUCUCGAAAGACACUGUAUUUAAGUAUUCCUCUCCACAUAUUAUUUUUCUUUCUCACCUGUGUCGUCGGUCUUGAAAUUUACGCACAUUUCUACACAUGUGAUCCUCUUACAGCCCCUAGCAAGCCCAUAACUGCUGCAGAUCAGUUGAUGCCUUAUUACGUGAUAACGGUUCUCAGAUCGUAUCCUGGAUUACCUGGUAUCUGCAUUUGCGGAGUGUUCAGUGCUACCCUGAGCACGGUGUCGUCGGCCAUAAACUCUCUUUCUGCGGUCACUAUGCAAGAUCUCGUCAGGCCUUUCCUCGCAUCCAGGAGAUACUCAGAAAAUACAAUCAAUCUCACUGCCAAAGCAAUAACACUUUGUUACGGGGGACUUUGCAUUCUGCUAACAGUUAUAGCAGCCUCUUUCGGAAACUUAGUGCAAGCGGGUAAAAUGGUCUGGGGAAUGUGCGGAGGUCCGAUUCUCUCUGUUUUUCUUCUGGGCAUGCUUACCACCAGGGCAAAUGAAAAAGGUGUAUUAACUGGGCUUUUGUGCAGCCUGUGCAUGACAGGAUGGAUUGGUUUCGGGACAUCGGCCCAUGGACCUCGUCCAAAGUAUUUAACACUCUCUGCAGAAGGCUGUCAGACAAAUUCUACUUUCUCUGGUGGCGCAACAUCCUCUAUUCUGAACUCCACUGUGUUGUCAUCAUUUUCAGAAACUUCGACAUUCAGUACAACUUCUGUUUCUGAAAUCAGCGGUGAAACUCCGUACAUUUUCCCUCUAUAUAGGAUAUCUUACUUGUGGUACGCACCUCUUGGUACGUUAAUUGGAGUCGUAGUCGGUUACAUUUCUAGUAUUAUAAUCAGUCAUAUCACAGGUGAAUAUCCUGAUGUUGCAGACGAAUUCUUAAGUCCUAUACUAAACCUAUUUUCCAAAAAGAAGAAGAGUUUUAAAGAUAAACAAUUGGAAAUUCCAGAAGAGGAAGAAGCAGAAUUCUUGACAAAUGGUUCAACAAUCAAAAACUCGACAGUUUAAUGUCGAAGCGAAUGAAUGGCC